AUGGCACCAGUACUCUACCGCGCGCCGCUCUUCGCGCGUACUUUCCUUCGCAAUGUGCCUGCAAACUUCCGGGCGAGCUCCAGCUCUGCUCAGCCCCUUAUCAGGCUCACCAACAUCCCCGCACCCCAUAGCGGCACCAUCCGCGUGCUCUCGCUAAACCGACCCGAAACCCGCAAUGCCAUCUCGAAGGCUCUACUCUCAGAGCUCAUCCAGCAUGUCAAUGCCAUCCACGGCGAGGGCGCCAAGCCCACCACGCGUGCCCUCGUCAUCGCCAGCGAGAUCGACACCAGUUUCUGCGCCGGUGCAGACCUGAAGGAGCGCGCGACCUUCACCCAGGACGAGACGGCCGAUUUCCUGUCGAAGCUGCGCGGCGCCUUCACCUCGCUCUCGCAGCUGCCGGUGCCCACCAUCUCGGCCGUGUCGUCGCUCGCGUUCGGCGGCGGCCUCGAGCUCGCCCUUACCACGCACCUGCGCGUCUUCAGCAGCAACGCCGUCGUGGCGCUGCCCGAGACGCGCCUCGGCAUCAUACCCGGCGCCGGCGGCACGUACCGGCUGCCGGCGCUCAUCGGGCUGAACCGCGCGCGCGACCUCGUCCUGACGGGGCGGCGCGUCGGCGGCCCGGAGGCGUACUUCAUCGGCCUGUGCGACCGGCUCGUGCAGGUGUUGCCCGAGGAGAUGGGGCAGGAGGGGGUCGCGCGGAAGAAGGUGCUGGACGAGGCCGUGAGGGUCGCCAUGGAGAUCUGCGAGGGCGCGCCCAUUGCCAUCAGGGCCGGGCUGGCGGCGGUUGAGGGCUGCGCGGGCGGAGAGGCGAUUGAGAAUGAGAUGUACCGGGCUGUCGUGGACACGGAGGACAGGUACGAGGCUCUCGCGGCGUUCAGGGAAAAGCGGAAGCCGGUCUUCAAGGGAAGGUAA